CGCCCAGUCAACAUCUGAGCGCAAGAUGGCUGAGGAAGAAGUUGAGAAGAUUAUUCAUCACACCAAGCAUAUUUUUAUCAACAACGUUGACUCCUAUGCCUCGAAAUGUAUCGCAAAGUUCUUGUCUGCCUGUGUAGUGGGGGCGUCCCUGGUGGAAACUGACGAGCCAGAGGUGGAGGAAGGGGAAGAGAGGCUAUCCAAAGAUGAGCAUCCAAAAGUCAAAGACGGAACCUUUAAAAUUGUCGGAACUAUUGCAAACAAAAACGAAAGAAGACCAAGUUAUGUGUUGGAUGAAUAUUUUCAACUGAAAAGGGAAGAACUCCUGGAGCGCCUGAUGGAGUGUGAUAUCAUAAUUUACAACAUCACUGAGGAUGCUGACCAGAUGGACGAGGCCUCUUGGGCAAUCUCAGCCCUUCAUGCUGAGAUGGCCAGGUUCAGUCAGCCGAAGAUGUUCAUCCUCAUAUCAACUGUAAUGACCUGGGCUCUCAGCAAGCCUGUCGAUGCGGAUGACCCUGAGAUUCCAUUCACUGAGGAAGACUACAGGAGAAGAAGAGCCCAUCCCAACUUCAAAGAGCAUAUCAACGUUGAAAAACUUGUGGUCAAAAUGGGCAAAACGAAAAGUUCAUUGCUCUCCACAUACGUAGUGGCCUCAGGAGUUCAGUAUGGAAUGGGAGAGCAAGUCUUCCACUUCUUCUUCAAGACAUCUUGGUUGGGAGACUUGCCCAAAGUCCCUAUCUUUGGAGAAGGCACCAAUGUCAUUCCUACUAUUCACAUCAAUGACCUUGCAGGUGUGAUCCAGAAUGUAAUUGACCAUAAGCCAAAACCACAUUACUUAGUCGCUGUGGAUGAUUCCAAGACCACUAUCGAUGACAUUGUAAAGACAAUAGCCUAUGUGGUGGGGCCAGGAAAGACCAAGAGAGUGCCAAAAGAGGAUGCUUUUCUCACUCGGGAUUUGAGACAAAUGGACAUCGAUGCUCUUUUUGUCAACCUUCGGAUUGAGGCUGUCUACCUGAAAGAGAACUUCAACAUCCACUGGGUGUGUGAGUCUGGUCUCAUAGACAACAUUGACCGUGUUGUGGAGGAAUACAAGCAAACCAGGGGCUUGCUGCCCAUCCGAGUGUGUAUCAUGGGCCCUCCAGCGGUGGGAAAGAGCACAGUAGCAGAGAGGAUCUGUAAACACUACAAACUGCACCACAUCAGACUCAAGGAAACCAUCACUGAGACCCUUGCACACCUGGAGUCUAUCAUUAGGAUGGAGGACGGAGAGACUGAGGCAGAGGAUUUUGCCACCUCAUCAGAACUCCUGGAGACUUUGAAGGAGAACAUGGAUCAAAAUGGAGGUCGACUGGAUGACCCGUAUGUGAUCAGGAUCAUGAGAGACAAGCUGAAGUCAAAGCUGUGCAGGAACCAGGGUUUUGUCCUGGACAGCUUUCCCAAGACAUAUGAACAGGCCAAGGACCUGUUCUAUGCUGAUGAUGAUGAGCCAGAGGAUAUGAGGUCAAAGAUCCCUCCAUUCAACAAGAAGAUCAUUCCAGACUUUGUGUUCUCCCUGGACACCUCCGAUGCGUUCCUGAAGAACCGUGUCCUGAACCUCCCGGAGAGCCUGGUGGAGGGAACGUCCUAUUCCCAGGAGCAGUUCCUGCGCCGCCUUGCCAGGUUCCGGGAGAGCAAUGUGGAUGACGAGACCGUCCUCAACUACUUUGAAGAGCUAGAUAUUCACCCGGAGCACAUUGAGAUCACCAGCAGUGACGACCAGGAGUACCUGGUGGUGACAGAGCGGAUCAUCAAGUCAGUGGGGAAGCCUAAGAACUACGGCCCCUCCAGCCAGGAGCUGGAGGAGGAGGAGAGGAGGAGCGCAGACCGCCGGCUGAGAACGGAGGCCCAGAAGAGGGCUGACACAGAGAGGCGGGAGACAGAGGAGGCCCAGCAGAGAGCAGCCCGCUGGGAGGAGUGGAGUAAGUGUCUGGAGGAGGUGAAGAAGCAGGAGCAUGAUCUCCUGGAGGUCCAGUCUGUUCCCCUGAGAAACUAUCUGAUGAAGAACGUCAUGCCCACUCUCACCCAGGGCCUCAUCGAGUGCUGCAAGACCAGGCCUCAGGACCCUGUUGAUUUCCUGGCAGAAUAUCUCUUCAAGAGCAACCCCCAAGUGGAGUGA